AUGCAUUUAUCACUGGAUACCAUGAGCAUGGUGGACGACAGCUGCCUCUCGCCUAGCAACUUCCACGACCUGGCCAAAGGUGGAGGCGUCACAGUGGGGGGCCACGUCCACAGCAUCGACGUCAUCCUGGGAUUCAGUAAAGACCAGGAUUCCCUGCUCGGCCCCGCUGGGGUCCCGGGGCCUCAGAAGGUGGACGUCGAGGACUUGGUGAAUUCCGGGAAGCCGCUCGAGUCCCACCCGUCCUUCAGUGGCCACCUUGGGCCACUUCAAGAUGAUAGCUCAGAGCAACAGCACCAGUUUCAGGAUGCCGACCUCUUUACCAACAAGUGCGAUGAGGAACUGAGAAAGAGCGUCGAGAGCGACGAAGGCAAGUCACCCGAGCCGUGCAAGGACAAUCCGCCCAAGAAGAAGCACCGACGCAACCGCACCACCUUCACCACCUACCAGCUGCACGAGCUGGAGCGUGCCUUCGAGAAGUCCCAUUACCCUGACGUGUACAGCCGCGAGGAGCUGGCCAUGAAGGUCAACCUACCUGAAGUUCGGGUUCAGGUGUGGUUUCAGAACCGAAGAGCCAAAUGGAGACGUCAAGAGAAAAUGGACGCCAGCACCAUGAAGCUCCACGACGCGCCGAUGUUGUCUUUCAACCGAUCGGCGCCGGUUCACACCGCCAUGGGACCCAUGAGUAACUCCCUCCCAUUGGACCCUUGGCUGACCUCCCCCUUGUCCAGCGCCACGUCGGUCCACAGCAUCCCGGGCUUCAUAGGCCAGGCUCAGGGCCUUCAGCCCAACUACCCCGGCCACGGCUUCCUCAAUUCCAGCCCUCAUCCGUCCAUGGGUCAGGGAAUGCAGAGUAUGGCGGCGCCGCCCCCUUACCAGUGUCCGGCGCCGUACCCCGACAAGUUUCCGCUGGAGGACAUGGACCAGCGCAGCUCAAGUAUUGCUGCACUGAGGAUGAAAGCCAAGGAACACAUCCAGUCCAUGGAUAAAACCUGGCUACCCAUGUGAUUUACUCAGUGGCUCCUCACAAUGCUGACAUGAUGGCAAGGACCUUACCCACAAUGCAAAGGAAAAUGAUUCUAAACUGAGGAUCGAGGGACUUUCUUUUUACACUUUUCUUAUUUCUCGCUCUCUCUCUAUUUUUUUUUAUUUACAUCUCAAGGACAUCAAGUGGAUGAGUGAUGUGUUUUGAAACUGCCCUUUUUGAAUGCGCGGCCAUAUUUGCCAUAACCAUUUAUCCAUUUUCAAUACGUCAUAAGUUAUCUACUAUGUCGUAUUUCUGCUGGUUGUUUCUUACUUUUACUUUUACCACCUUGCUUUCCUUUGUCCCUAAAGUGUUUUUUUUUAAUCAAAUUAAAUCAAAUUGCCAAUUUGUUAACGGGAUAAUUGGAGUGUAAAGUAUAAAAGAGUAUUAGGGCCGCACUCAGAAGACUAGUUCUGCUGAAGAAUUUGGACAUUGACUGAAUUAUCAAGAUCAAAAUUCAAAAUAUUUUUUCCCCCCACUUAAUAUUACAAUUACUUCUCAUACAUUUCAAUGUUGUUUCUGUGAAACUACAAAUAUACAUCUUUAAAAAUAUACCUUUUUCCCCUUAUAAAAUUAUUCAAAUAAAAAUUUUCUUUAUUGGAAUUUUUGGAGGAUUUGGGCUUUUUCAUAACCUCUCCCCCACAUAAAAAAAAAAUCUUGUAGUAAUUCAUUUUUUGUUUCUCGAAAAAGCUCAGUUUAAUUUCAAUUUAACAAUUUAAUUGUCAUAAAAUAAAUUACAAAUGUAUUGCCUUUUUCAAACGCAUUUUAUUUUCCGUGUGCUCUGAUACUCUUUGAUAGGUCUAUCUCGAGGACGGUUUAAAAGUUUGUUUUUUUUACCCUUAACUUUUACAGUUGAGGAAGAUACCCAUACUUUUAUGGUCCAGGCAAAGGCACACCAAUUACUUGUAAAUUGAAUCAUUAGUGUAGGUGGUACCAAGAGUGGCAGAAAUAGAUCACUAGUGUAACUAAGUACAUUUAAAGCAGCAGGUCAAGGCUGGCAAAAAAAAUACCCUUCUUAAAAAAAAAAUUGACUGUAAAGUCAAUAAUUGCUCAUAGGGCAACAAUCCGAGGUAAGACGGCACCUUCUAAGUGCGAAUAUACCAAAAAAUAAUCAUGCACAGUUGCUUUAUUGGUGUGCUGUCAUGCUUAACGAGGGAGGGACGGAAUGUAGAAAGUUAUAAAGAAAAAAAAAAACAAUUGUUUUGCUUCAUUUCUUGUGCUUGAGUGGCUUUUGGAGGAGAAAGCCUGUUGGCAGCUCAGUGUUGGGUGGCUGAGCGUACGUGCGGGCUAGCACCGUGUGAUGCGUCACCCUGCAUAGUUCAGCCUUUGUUGAGCACAAUUGAUCCAAGUGCGUUGUCUUUGUCUGCACUUGCUGGAUGGGCGUCGGGAGGGGGGCGGUCUCGGGCAGAACUAAAUAGGCCCUUGUAACCAUUUGUGUUUCUUUCUCAAUCAAAGGAGGGGAGGCAUCGAUCGGAGCUGCUAUGAUCAGCGGUGACACUAUAGUGGUCUCGUCCAUCUGUCCUUGAGUUUGUCACUGAAGUAAAGACGCUCGAAUUUAAUGGUCGGAAUAUAUCGAUCAAUCAGCUGCUCAUUUCUGCUUUGUAAAGUUUUUUUUUGUAUUGCGGGUUAUUUAGACAUCUGAUUAGACCUCAAACUGUGGACAAAUGUGGAUUACCUUGCACAAAUAGAGCUUUCAACAUGUGUGAUUUGGGACUAUGAAUAAGCCAAAGGUUAUGGACAAAACUGCACUAGAUGGUUUUUUUUUGUUUUUUUUUUUCAAAUGGCACAGGGUUUCUUUAUUUAACCCUGUGAUGCUGUUUCUAGAAAUACAUGUCGUAGAAUUAGUCAUGUCUUUCCUUUUGUCUGGAACAUGGAGGUGUGUAUUCUGGAAAGAUGUGAACAAAGAUCU